AUGGAUGCAAAUUCAAGUGUGGAGAAUGGAAGUAAGAUGUAUAGAGCUGCCAACAAAGGGAACUGGAGAAUGAUAAAGAAGGCCAUCAAAGAAGAGCCAAGUUACCAAAGUGCCCCUAUGUCGCCGUCGGGCGCCACAAUUCUCCACCUAGUUGCGCAAUUCCGUCAAGAGAAAACACUCGUAAACAUUCUAGAGUUGAUGACAGCGGAUGCUAUGAGCUCGAGGACUGCUCAGGGGAACACUGUACUCCAUGAAGUGGCAAUAGUGGGGAGCAUGGAGAUGGCGGCGAAAGCAGUGUGUAGGAAGAAGCACAGGUUGGUUACAGUUUGCAACCAUUUCGGCGAGACCCCCGUGUUUCUCGCUGCUAGCUAUGGUCGCAAGGACGUGUUUUGGUAUCCAGCAAUGGAAGCGGAGAUGUCGUGCCAAGGGAAUUAUGGUGCCACCAUCCUUCGUGCUGCCAUGGUUGGAGAAUUCUAUGGGUUUGCCUCGAAAACAAUACAUUGCAAGCUUGAAACUGGCAAUCUUGCAGGGCUUGCAUGGAUCAAACGAGUCUAUUGGACAAAGCAAAAGCACAGGGAUAUUGGGGUGGAAAGUCCCCUGAUUUUGGCUACAAAGAAGGACAUAGUCGAGGUGGUGAGAGAAAUCCUUGAAGUUUUCCCGGAGGCCGUGGAGUUCUUAGAUAAAGAUGAAAAGAAUAUAUUGCAAUUGGCUGCAGAGUACAGAGCAGAGAAGGUAUUCCAGAUAUUGAGAUCAAUGGGAACACGCACAUCAAACAUGGUCUUGGGAAUUGACAAGCAAGGGAACUCUGUUCUGCAUCUUGUAGCAACCUUCAAUCUUAUCGACCUUCGCAUAUACGUGCGAGCUCUCAACAUAUGCAGUGCGAGUUACUGUGGUUCAAGGUGUCUAAUGGAAAGAGGUGAGAAAUGGCUCAAACAAGGAGCAAAGUCAUGUAUGAUCGUGUCCACGCUCAUCGCCACCAUUUUGUUCGCCACAUGCUACCAAGUGCCAGGAGGCAACCAAUCGAACAACACACCUACGGCUACGGAUGGCCUACCGAACUUCAUCGGCCAGCAUGAUUUUUAG